ACUUGUGAGACAGCAAUAGUAUACACUUUUUAGCACAACUUGGACUAUACCGUGCCUGACCCAGGGAUCUUAUACUGAAGCAGCUGGGACAUAUUUGUUGUCUGCCUUUGAAUAUCUUUAUUGUGACUCUGCUCACUCAGUAGCUGCGGGAAUUGUGUGUUUCAUUCAGGGUAUUGCGGUAGGGUAGAACUGAAUCUUCAAUAACACUCGUCAAAGGACUCGCUCACACUCCGCUAUCAACGCUGGCUCCAACCGUCAUGGUCACGCAGAGCAAGUUCCCGAGCAUGAGCCGGGCACUGGACUCUAGUCUACGGCUUAAGACCUUCUCUUCCCGCAGCGAGUACAACCUCGUGCUGACAGCAGUGCGCAAACUCCAAGAAAGUGGUUUUUACUGGAGCACCUUAACAGGGAGCCAGGCAAACCUACUACUCAGCACAGAACCAGCAGGAACUUUUCUUAUCCGAGACAGCUCUGACCGGCGACACUUCUUCACCCUCAGCGUCAAAACUGAGUCUGGCACCAAGAACCUACGCAUCCAGUGUGAACCAUGUGGAUUCUCCUUGCAGACUGACCCACGAAGUGCCCAGACAGUACCACGUUUUGACUGUGUCUUAAAGCUGCUGUGCCAUUAUAUGCCAACAAAGGACUCUGGCAAUGGCUCCAAACGGGCAUAUUACAUUUAUUCAGGAGGGGAGCGUGUCCCCUUGCUUCUGUCACGGCCACUAUCAACCAAUGUGUCUUCUCUCCAGCACCUAUGUAGAAAGGCUGUGAAUGGUACAUUAGAAGGGGGAGAGGGUCGGGAGCAGCUGCCGUUGCCCAUAAAAGACUUUCUGCAGGAAUAUGACUCCACUGUGUAGACAAUGAAAAGGAUCUACAGGAAUUUUAAACUCAGUUGAAUAGAGUGGAUGGUGCCACACAGAAUGCCCGGUGCCUAGGAAGAAGAGAGCACAGAGAACAGAGGCACAGAGAUCAAUAAAGCAGUAAAGGAAUAGAAAAGAUUAUGGCAAAGUGGAACCUAUAGAAACAACAUUUGCCUGCAAAGGACAUUUUGUUCAGUAUGAAAGAGACAAAGAAAGUGCUUAAUGCUCAAGUACUUAACACAAAAUGCCAAGUACUGAUUCAGAGACUAAGCAUCUGCAAUAAAACACACAGUGUGACUAUCAGACACUUCCCCUUUAAUUGUUAGAUGAUGCUGCUCGCCGGGCGCAGAGGGAAGUGGUGGAAAAAGAUGGCGGCUGCUUUAAGGACCUUGGUUCUGGUUUCCUCCCCGGCAAACUUUGCCAGAUCCCAGGGUCUAUUUUGCACUGAAUGUUGGAUGAUUUAUUUAUUCUAAACUAGUCACCUACACAGCCUUAAUCGGAUCUUCUGGAGGGCAGUAUCUGUCGCACUGCAGGGCAUUACCAGUACACAUAGAGCUAUACACAUGGCAGCUUCUAUGUAUUUAUCUCCGGGAGAGACUGAACUCAUGCACAAGCAUUGGGCCGAUAUAUGUCUGCUCGUUACAUUGUUAUUAUCGGCAGAAAUAAAAAAAA